AUGGCGUCACAACGGAAUCAUGUCAAUCCUGUUUCAUUCUCUUACCAAAGUCCAUGUUGCAUUGGCCAAAAUCAAAAGUGGCCUCCCUUCACCCAGCAACUAUUGAGAAAGGAUAUCUCGCCCGGGAAGAACGUGGUAGAAGCCGUUGAGGACGACCUCUCUUCUCUAUUCCCCACGUCUAGGCGGACAAAAGAGGAUGACCUAGAAGCGCCAGGCUUUUCUCCUCGCUUCGAUUGCGCUACCGCUGACGACGAUCAUACCAUCCACAACUGGGUUGAUGAAGAGAUCGACUUGCAUCGGCUGGCUGACAUCCAUGGCUGGUUGUGGAUCGUGGGUCGGCCCAUGCCGCCGCGUCCGCUCCACCAGCAGCGCCUCCUCAACCGCGAGCUCGUCAUCACUGAAAGGCUGGACCUACACCUUGUUUGGGCGAACGAACGCAUGCUCGUGAAGCCGCUGCCGCGCUUUCUUCUCGAUCCGCGGUUCUGGGAAAGAUUCCUCCAGUGUCAUAAAGGAUCCGUCUUUGAUGACAACUUGUGCAGCUGUCGUGGUCGACGGGAACGCGCCCUCGGCUUCCUCUUCUCAUACGCGGCCCUCAUAGCGCACGAGAGCGAUUUCCACAUUGCCAAGGAAGCACGCCUUAUUCCCGAAGAAGUACAAUGGUCAGCGUGGAGGAAGGCCGUCCGGGAGCUACUGAUUAUCACACCAUCCAUCUACCCCUACAUUCACCCGCGUUUUCACUACGGAGAGCUUCGCCUCAGCCGGCUCAAUAAGAUCUACUUCUGCUGGAAGACUCCACUCUACGGUUACAUGUCUCGCUGGAACCAAUACGACUCUUUUUUUCACGACAACUUUGCGUUACUGGCCAGCUCAACCGUCUACAUCGCUGUAGUUUUGACCGCAAUGCAGGUCGGCCUUGCCACAGAGGCCCUACAGAAUAACGCGGCCUUCCAGUCGGCAUCGUAUGGCUUCACCGUUUUCUCCAUCGUGGGGCCGCUGGCCGCCGCAGGUCUGGUGAUGGUCAUGUUUUGCUACUUGUUCAUCGGUAAUUGGAUCGCUACGCAACGAUAUCAUAAGAAAAGGUCCGAACGAAUCAAAAUCGACCGGUAG